ACUGGGCAAGCCAAUCAGGGCCCGACUCCUCCACUUAAGGCCCGCCCCCGCCGGUCCUCAGGUUCCUUCCCGCUCACACCGGAGUCACUUCCGAAGAGAGAGAACCGCCAUGAAGAGAGAAGGGGGUGCCGCCCACCUCUGCUCCGACAGCGUCCCCGAGUCCCAGCAGCAAGACGGCAACCACGCACCCAGCUUCUCCAGCUACAGCUCAUGCCGCCGUCGCCAGCGGCGCCGACAUGACAAGGCGCUGCAUGCCCGCUAGGCCAGGUUUCCCCUCAUCCCCAGCCCCGGGGUCAUCGCCCCCGCGCUGCCAUCUGAGACCCGGUAGUACCACCCCUGCUGCCUCGGGAAAGAGAACAGAGAGCCCUGGGGACAGGAAGCAGUCAAUUAUAGAUUUCUUCAAACGAGCUUCAAAACAAGACAGACAUAUGUUGGAUUCUCCACAAAAAUCAAACAUCAAAUAUGAAGGAAGUAGAUUGCCCAUCUCUGGAACAGAGCAAUUUGAAAGGAAAUUAUCCUCACCAAAAAAAUCUAAACUCAAAAAGGUGUCGUCUGAAAAGAGCCCUAUUUUAGAAGCUUUCAUGAAAGGUGUUAAGGAGCACCGUAAAGAUCCUGGUGUGCAUGAGUCACGUCGGCCUUGUGUGUCACUAGCCUCCAAAUAUUUACCCAAAGGAACAAAUAUCUAUGUUCCGUCUUCAUAUUUGUCAAAGGACAUGAAGGCACUGAAGAAAAAACAUCAUCGAUCUCCAGAACGAAGGAAAUCACUGUUCAUACAUGAAAAUAGCAGGGAGAAGAAUGAUAGAGAUCGAUGCAAGACUAGUGCAGACUCCAAAAAGCAGACUACAGGGGCUGACAUCUUUAAGAACAGCCCCAGAAGUCUUAGUAGCAGAAGCAGCCUAUCAAGACACCACCCAGGAGAAAGUACACUGGGAGCUAAGUUCCAGUCAUCACUAGCUUCUUACUGCAGAGAACGAGAACUAAAGAGGUUGAGAAAGGAACAGCUGGAGCAGAGAGUCAACUCAGAAAACUCUUUUUCAGAAACAAGCAGUCUUUCCCUAAAAUCUUCUAAUGUAGAAAGAAAAUGUAAACCAAGGCAGGAACAAAGUAAACAGAAUGAUAUCAUACCUGGAAAGAGCAAUCUUUCAAACCUGGAAAAUGGACAUCCCUCAAGAAAAAGAUCCUCUUCUGAUUCAUGGGAACCUACUUCAGCAGGCUCUAAGCAGAAUAAAUUUUCUGACAAAAGAAAAAGGAACUCUGUGGACUCAGAUCUGAAAAGCACAAGAGAAUCUAGACUAUCUAAAACAAAAGAGUCCUUCCUUGAGAAGCGUCCUGACAGACAUUCAAAAACAUUUGUAAGAUCUAUUGCAUUGAAGGAACCUGGUGAUGUGCUACGCUUGGAAGAUAUAUCAAAGGAACCCAGUGAUGAAACUGAUCGCUCUUCUGCAAACUUGGCACCUUCAAAUUCUGGCCACCAUUCUUCUAGGAAUAGUGACCAAAAUCGUGUGACAAGUACCAAAGACACUAAGAUACAGAAACCCCACUUACCUUUACCUCAGGAAAAAUCUACCAUGAAAAAAUCUAGCAACCUUCAGAAGACUAAAACUGCAAGCUCUCUGACAUCAAAAGAAGAGACAAAAUUUCUACCUUUACUUUCUCAUGUUCCAAAUGCUGGUUCCUCUCGAGUCCCAUUAGAUGCUAAAAAUUGCACUCAAGUUCCCAAAAAAGAGAAAGAUCGCUCCUCAUCUAAAGAAUGUUCUGGGCAUUCUACAGAAUCAUCCAAACACAAGGAGCACAAAGAAAAGACUAAUAAGGCUGACUCUAACAUGUCUUCAGGGAAAAUUUCUGGGGGAUCUUUGCAUUCAGAAUAUAGCACUCCAGCAAAGUCUCCCCCAGCUGCUUUGGAAGUUGUGCCAUGUGUCUCAGGCCCUACAAUACCUUCAGUUACAGCCCCGUCAGAUAAAGACAGUUCAGGAAAUAUCAAUGCAGGUAGCAGUGCACAGAAAAGAAAAUUCAGGGGUGAUUUUGAUAGUGAUGAAGAAAGUUUAGGUUACAAUCUAGAUAGUGAUGAGGAAGAGGAAACAUUAAAAUCACUGGAAGAAAUAAUGGCUUUGAACUUCAAUCAGACUCCUACAACUUCAGAAAAGCCUCCUCUUCCCAAGGGGCUUAGAUCUCAGUCAUCAGACUAUACAGAACAUGUUCAUAGUGGAACUUACACAAAUACUUUAGAGCGUCUUGUGAAGGAAAUGGAAGAUACACAAAGGCUAGAUGAACUACAGAAGCAACUACAGGAAGAUAUAAGGCAGGGCCGAGGCAUUAAAUCUCCAAUCAGACUUGGUGAUCAAGAUAGUACAGAUGAUGAGGAUGGCCUCUUGGAAGAACACAGGGAAUUUCUAAAAAAAUUUUCUGUUACAAUUGAUGCUAUUCCUGAUCAUCAUCCUGGCGAAGAAAUAUUUAAUUUCCUAAAUUCUGGAAAAAUUUUCAAUCAGUAUACCUUGGAUUUAAGGGACUCUGGUUUUAUUGGACAAAGUGCUGUAGAAAAGCUUAUUCUCAAAUCUGGAAAAACAGAUCAGAUUUUUUUGACAACACAGGGGUUCCUUACCUCUGCCUACCAUUAUGUCCAGUGUCCUGUACCUGUGUUAAAGUGGCUGUUUCGGAUGAUGUCAGUUCAUACAGACUGUAUUGUAUCAGUGCAGAUUUUAAGUACAUUAAUGGAAAUAACAAUUAGAAAUGAUACUUUCAGUGACUCACCAAUUUGGCCCUGGAUUCCAUCCUUGUCUGACAUAGCAGCUGUGUUUUUCAAUAUGGGGAUUGACUUUAGAUCUUUAUUUCCUUUGGAGAAUCUUCAGCCAGACUUUAAUGAAGACUAUCUAAUUUCUGAAAUAUUGACACCAUUGGGGGGAAAAGGAAGUAAAGAAGAUUCAUCUUGUAAGCCAAUAUUUUCAACUCUUCCUGAAACCAACAUUUUAAAUGUAGUUAAGUUUCUAGGCUUGUGUACAUCUAUACAUCCAGAAGGUUACCAAGAUCGGGAAAUAAUGUUGCUGAUUUUAAUGUUGUUUAAAAUGAGUUUGGAAAAACAGCUGACACAGAUUCCUCUAGUAGACUUUCAGAGCCUCCUGAUAAACCUGAUGAAAAAUAUCAGAGAUUGGAACACAAAGAUGCAUGAACUCUGUCUGGGCAUAAAUGAACUCUCCAGUCAUCCUCACAACCUUUUGUGGUUGGUACAGCUAGUUCCUAACUGGACAUCACGUGGAAGGCAACUGAGACAGUGUCUAAGUCUAGUGAUUAUUUCAAAGCUUUUGGAGGAGAAACCUGAAGAUGUCCCUAAUGCCAGUAAUCUGCAGAUCUCAGUCCUACAUCGAUAUCUAGUACAAAUGAAGCCUUCUGAUUUGUUAAAGAAAAUGGUCUUGAAGAAAAAGGCUGAACAACCAAAUGGCAUUAUUGAUGACAGUCUUCAUCUAGAACUUGAAAAGCAGGCAUAUUACCUGACCUACGUUCUUCUUCAUUUAGUUGGUGAAGUUAGUUGUUCUCAUUCUUUUUCUUCUGGACAACGGAAACACUUCGUUCUACUUUGUGGGGCUUUGGAAAAGCAUGUUAAGUGUGAUAUUAGGGAAGAUGCAAGACUGUUUUACAGAACUAAGGUGAAAGACUUGGUUGCCAGGAUACAUGGAAAAUGGCAGGAAAUAAUCCAGACCUGUCGGCCUACUCAGGGGCAGCUUCAUGACUUCUGGGUACCAGAUUCUUAACAGGAGUUAAGAGCAGCAAAGAUAUGAACCAAGAGAAAUUCGUUAAGAGCCUUCCCAAGAAAAAUAGAAAAGAUUAGUAUGGAAUCCAAUGGAUUGAUAUGAGAAUACACAACAAAUAUUCCACUUGAAUGUCUAGUAUAAAGCUGGUAAUGAAAAAAUGCCUUCUGAAGCAGAUAUGAAAUAUAAAAAGCCAAGUCAUAUAAAAAAAAGGAGAGGUGGGAUAAAAGCAGCUAGUAGACACUUAUUUAACCUACCCUUAUUAACUCUCCUUGUUAAAUUAUAAGCCAGUUAUCUUUUUUUAGGUAGUAUUUGUGGCACUUGGAUAAUCACAAGAACUAAGGAAGAAAAGAAUUUGUAUCAACUUGUGUUGAACAUAGAAACACGACAAAGUUCCUGUUAAGUUUUUACUCUUGGUUAUUUUAGGAAACAAAGGGAAAGCUUAGAACAGAGUUCAGUAAUUGAAAUCAUAGACUCUUCUAUAACUCCUGUAUUUUCCCUCACUAUUCAAGGUUAGACAUCUAUUAGGUUAUUAGAAAACAUUUAAACAGUUAAGAAACAGAAGUUUGGUAUAUUGUCAAAUUCCCCUAAAAGGAAGAAGUUAAGCUGUAAAGUAUUGGCUAUGUUUUUAAAAUGCCAAAACAUUCAUAAGUAGUUUAUUUGGGAUUUGUUUUAAAUGCAUAUAUUUUCUUAAAUACUAGUUAAGUCAUAGAAUCUUGGGUAAAUCUUAGAAUUCUUCCCUUUGUUAACUAUAUAACAGAAGUCUCUAUUGUAAAAGCUUGAAGUUCUGGAAAUUUUUCCCAAAAAUUUUUUUUCCAUGAGUAUAUAAUUUCAGCAGAGAUCUAGGUAGUGUUUAUUCUUUGGGACACUGUGUGUGUGUGUAAGAGUGUGUGUGUGUGUGUGUGUGUGUGUGUGUGUGUGUGUGUGUGUGUGUGUGUGUACUUAUAUCUUGAAGUUGUUGCACUUGAAAACCACAGCUGCUCUAAAUUCUUUUAAACACUGGAAAGCCAUCCUCUGGUUUAAAUGGUGGAGGGUUAGUAAAAGUGCACAUAUUAGUCUUAUCCCAGGGGUCUUUGGAAGCUUUUGGUAGUAAUGGACUCUUACUAACCAGUGGAAAAAUUUUGUUGUUGACCAAGUGUCCCUUUUAGGAUUUGUUUCCUGAAAGAGAAAACUAUUUUUAUUGUUCGUAAAAUACUAGAUUGGGUGACUUGCUCUUUGCAGAGCAGUCAGUGUCCAGCUAUAGAAGGGGAAGAUGAUGAAGGGGAAUGGAUGUUUUUGGUUUGAGAGGGAAGAAAAUCACUUUUGAAAACUAACUUUCUACCUCUAAAUAGAGGCUUAGGAGUAAAAACCAUUUUAUCUUAAAUUUAUCAUUUACUUUUGAGCUCAUGUCAAGUAUUGGGCAGUUAGAGAUUUUAUAAGUAAGAUUAGAUAAAUCUAGUUUGCAAGAACCCAAGCUGAAUGACUCCAGGAGUCAGACCAACAAAAGUUUUAUUCUGUGUUGAGUUUACUGGUAAGAAUUUAUCUUGAUACUACCUCUCAAGGGUAUUAAUACAAAAUGCCACUUAUGGUUAAAGAGAUAGAUACAAAGAGUUAUAUUUGACAGAAAGUUUGAACUCUGGCAUCUAUCUGCCCAGCAAUGGGGGCUUUCACUUUGUAAUUUAAUACUUUGUAGAUACAUUAUUUGUGUGUAAUUUUAUAAGUGUUCAUAUUUUUCUCAUUUUGCAUUGUGUAAAGUGUAUAAAAUCUCAAAGUAUAAAAUACUGCUUAUAUUGCUUGUAAUUACAGUGUGUAAAUAUUUUCUAAUCGUGUACAUUGAUGGGAAUAAGUGGGUUAUUCAGGUUUUUUUUUUAAAGUGACCCUUUUAUAUUGCAGUUUCAACAGAUAGAUAUCCAUCAAAUUUAAAACCACUUUGAUACAUUUUUAUUUAGCAGUAAAUAAGGGAAAAAUAAACUUUUUAAUUCUUUCUUCAUUAGAGAAAAAUACUUCAUCUGUCCCUUUAAAGUAAGUGGCCAGGCGUCAGUUUAGGCCACUGCUUAUGACACUGGUAGUGGUCUUCAGUCUCCAGGUCAUGGUCCAGUCAGUAUUUCCAUUUGGAUUCUCAUAGAAAUUAUGAUUCUCUUUCAGCACAAGAAACCCAUGGUUUUCCUCCCAAAUCAAGUAUUUCCCUUCUCCCUCUUGAGCCCCCAUGCUUUGUCUCCCUCCUGUUUUUACCCAAUGAAUGGGAUGGUACAAGCAAGGGAAAAAAUGUUCAUUGCACAGAGAAUGUCAGGCCACUUUUGGAACUUGACAAACAAAGCUUGCACUGAGUGGUGGUGUGUUUGGCAGUAUAUCUGUGCCAAAAAUCACCUAGUCUAAUUUUCUAGAUGUGUAUGUCAAACUUAUUACCCUUAUUGCAAGCAGAAAAUUAAGGUACUUGUGUUUAUGCUUUGUGUGUAACUUUGCCUUUUCUAACCUGCUUUUCUUACUGAAAAUAUAAUUUUGCUAUAUCAUGUUAUGUGAAGAGGCUCACCAUUCACAAAAUGCAUCUAUGUAGCAGUAACGUAACAUCAUUUGUACAUUUUCUGUCUAUCUCCUGAUGGCAGUGGUGCCUUUUGUCACCUUUUGGAAGGUUGGCGUUUCAUUUUAUUUUGAAAUGCAAGUAGUAGCUUGCUUUUGACUUCACAAAAAUCUCCCCAGAAAAAGAUAGGUAAUGAUGUGUUAUCAUCCAGGCUCUGUUGGAGCAUUUGUGUUUUUAUCAAAACAGAUCUUGUUGGUAGGAGCUGGCCAGUAAUAAUGUAUGGAGUCUAUAAACCAAGAGUAACGUUUGAAUAUAAAUAAUCAUUUUAAGAAGUGAACCUACAAGCAACUGAGUUGGAGAAUUAGGAUGGCUGUGCUGGUUUGUCUCUAAGGAGGCAAGAGGUAGGAACAGAAGAUGAGCACGCAGUCGUUAGUGUGGUGUUGGUGAUAAUUUUCUACUCGUCAGCAUUGUAGGAGCAUCUCAUUGUGCGUUUAUUUUCCCCAGGCAGUCCUGUCAACCAGUUAAUCCACCAGCUCUUAGGUAGUAAAUGCAGAUUUCCUUUUAGUUUUUUCUUUUAAAAUUUUAUACUACAUCUUGUUUAAAGUCCUCUGAAUGUAUGUGUGCGUGUUAUUAAAACUGCUUUUUCUCGGUUUAAA